AACUUGCCCUAAAAAUAACAAAACAUAAACAAAUAAUUCAAAAUUCAAAUUUUAAAAAUUUUCCCCAUACGUGCGCCAAUUAGGAAAACAUAAUUAGCGAUAACACACCGACACAUUAUGUCCACGGAUGGUAAAAACAUACAGAAGCUGCUCAAGAUCGAAAACGAUAUUAAGAAGAGUGCACGGAUACCGUUGGCAGAAAACCAGUCGUGUUUGGAAGAUGACGAUGAAGAUGAAGAAGAUCAAGAUCUCAAAAAUUACAAUAAUAAGGGCACCGGCCUGGAAAUAGCCCGGUCAUCGUGUGCCGAUGACAUUUUAAUGAAGACGCUGGUCGCGAAGUAUGCCAAUCGGUUGAUGGGCAAGCUGGAAAAGAUCGCCGUGAAAGUGCCAGCUAACAGCAAUCAUGCGGACGCGGUUGUGCGGUUGCGCAGAAGGAUACAGCAGUUGCUCAAGGACAUAGAUCAGGUAGGUGGUCCAUGUGAAUCUUCGACUGUAUUGCUGAACAAGUACGACAGCCUCCGCAUGACUUACUAUAGUAUAGCCGACGGGAUCAAAGGAACAAAAAGGCUGCUGAUUGGUCAGGGCAUGUUGAAUAACCGUAAAAACUGCGAUAAAAUCAAAAAAUGCAAUGUGACCGAAAACUGUAAGAAACUCGACUACCAAAAAAACAGAAUAACUGUAAAAACCACGAUAAGCUUGAGAAACUGCAAAAUUGUGAAAACGAGAAACUAGAAAAAUUUAUGAAACUUGAAAAUUUGCAGGAAAAAAUGGAUAGCUGUAAAGCCCCUGAAAAACUCGAGAAACGGGAUAACUGUGAAAAUAACGAAAAAUCGGAAAACCACGAGAGAUUUCAGGCAGGUGAAAAAUUCAUAAACCUUGAGAAACGCGUGAUCAACUGUAAGUAUUGUGGCAGGGACAUGAAGAUCUCCAAUAUGACGUAUGAUUCAAAACUUCAUUCAGACAAAGAUAACUGUCAGAAAAAUGUCUUCGAAUGGAAAUCGUUUUUCAAACGACGAUUUUUUAUUUAUUUCCCGUGUGUAUGUUGCAUGUGUGAUAAGUCUGUCUGAACCACUCAGGUUGGAUGGCGUUCAGGUGUUGUUGGUCGGGCGGUAUCGACGAGUGGUUUUUACCAUGGUAGUGAUAGAAAAUAGGACUGAAUUAACGAGCAUUUACUUUUAAAUAUUAAAAUUCUACACCGAUGGUCACACCCAUCACACACAUAUCUGCUUAAUAACUAAAUAUUUUAAAAAAAUAUGAGAAUAUUAUAUAGUUAUUUGAUGAGAUA